CCUCUUCUCACCAGUGGAAGCUGCAGACCUUCUCGACCCCCCAGGCCUUCCAGACCACCUCCACCCACACCCGCAGACCCCCAUCAGCAGCUGAACAUGGAGGAGCAGAGCGUGAGUGGCUGAGAAAUGGAGUUGGGCCUCAGGGGAGCCAUAGGUGCUGUGUCACAACCUUCCUGAGCGGCCCUUGCAAGCUCCUGCUCCCCUCGCCUGCAAGUGGAGCAAUGCUCGAGCUCGAGGAGUAUUUUUCUCGGCAGGUGGAAAAGAUGGCGCAGCUGCAGGUUUUGUGUCCUUUGUUGUUCUUGGAAAGCAGCCUCCUUGAGAGCAGGGGAGCAGCAGGCGGCCUGCUGUGUGGCUGCUGUGGGCAUUUCUCCCAGCUCAGAUCCCUGAGCCCACGCUGGCAGAGAACGUGCUGUGCCACCAUCUUUUCUGUGGAGACACUUUGCAGCUUCUCUGCGUUAGCUGCAGUCGUGCCGGUUUCCAGGUGCCAUAAGCCAGACUGGCACAGUCUUGGGACUCAGACUUGGGAGACAGUGAAGAAACCCCAAGGCAAGUGCUGCUCGGCUGAGGAAGGAAGCCCAGAAGGAGAGCAAAAAGAACCGAGAAGGCCCACAGGACACGAAUCAGCUGGAAUGCUUCCUCGGAGGUGGCACCAAGGGCAGCGGACUGAGUUGCCUGGUUUUCACAGACAGUGCAGAGGGACUGAGGCACCUGGAAGGGAAGGGCUUGUGCUGCGUUCCAAGCAAAGAGGGCUUGCCAGAGGCAGGACUUCAGCUAUGGCAAGAGAUGGUGAUGCUGCGUUCCUUCAGCAUGUGUCUCUUCAGGGCCAGAGCCAGUCUAGUAUGAGAUUGAAAUACGGCUCGCCGGGCCUGGAGAGAGAGGAGGUGACGUGGCCAUAGGAUCAGGCUUCUUGUGUCUGCCUGGAGGCUGAAUGACUCAUUGCUAAGCAGACAUCCUGGGCACUGGGGUUUUGUUUUGGGCUGUGUUGAUAAAUACAACCCAGAGCCUUUUGUAUUGAAUAAAAGCAAAACCAACUUUUUAAACA